GCAGGGGCUAUAAAGGCACCCCGCGGGCGGCGGCCGGAGCGCGGGGCGGCAGCGGCGGCGCAGGGACAGCGGCAGCGCGGCAGAUAUCAGCUACUGACCAUGUCAACAGAGUUCCAGGAUGCUCACCUUGCAGAGGUGAAACCUCUGGUGGAGAAGGAGGAGGCCAUCACUCGCCUCCUUCCAGACUUUGAUGUUCAGGAGCAGGACGUGGAGACUGUGCACGGCUCGGUGCGGGUCACCAUGUGCGGCACUCCCCGCGGGAACCGCCCGGCCAUCCUCACCUACCACGACAUCGGCCUCAACCAUAAAACUUGUUUCAAUCCUCUCUUCAACUUCGAGGACAUGCAGGAAAUCACCCAGCACUUUGCAGUCUGCCAUGUGGAUGCACCUGGUCAGCAGGAUGGAGCACCAUCUUUCCAGGCUGGAUAUGUGUAUCCCUCCAUGGAUCAGCUGGCUGAAAUGAUUCCUGGAAUCCUGAAACAGUUUGGGCUGAAGACCAUCAUAGGAAUGGGAACUGGAGCUGGUGCCUACAUUUUAACCAGAUUUGCUUUAAACCAUGCAGAGAUGGUGGAGGGAUUAGUUCUCAUUAAUGUAAACCCUUGUGCUGAAGGUUGGAUGGACUGGGCAGCAACUAAGAUUUCAGGUUGGACGAAUGCUUUGCCAGACAUGGUCAUUUCACAUCUAUUUGGAAAGGAAGAGAUUCACAGCAACCAUGACCUGAUCCAUACUUACCGUCAGCAUAUCAUUAAUGAUAUGAAUCAAACCAACCUUCAUCUCUUUGUCAACUCUUACAACAGUCGGCGAGACCUAGAGAUUGAGCGCCCUGUUCCUGGCGUGAACGUUGUCACCCUUCAGUGUCCUGUGCUCCUGGUGGUCGGUGACAGCUCUCCAGCAGUGGAUGCUGUGGUUGAAUGCAACUCAAAACUGGACCCAACAAGGACCACGCUUCUGAAGAUGGCUGACUGUGGUGGGCUCCCCCAAGUUUCCCAGCCUGCCAAGCUUGCUGAAGCUUUCAAAUACUUUGUUCAGGGAAUGGGAUACAUGCCCUCUGCCAGCAUGACCCGGCUGAUGAGGUCCCGCACUGCCUCUGGCUCCAGUGUCACCUCUUUGGAAGGACAGAGGAGCCGCUCCCACACCGGGGAAGGCACCAGGAGCCGCUCCCACACCGGGGAGGGAACGAGGAGCCGCUCCCACACCGGGGAUGGCUCCAGGAACCGCUCCCACACAGACACACGGAUCGAGCUGACGCCCAACUCGGCGAGUAACGCUGAACAAUCAAGCCCCAAGUCCAUGGAAGUGUCCUGUUAGAUGGCUGUGGGAGGUUUAAAACUGGUCACAGUGUGAAAAAGUAAUGGAUGCCCCCUGUGUAUCACAAAAAAACAUAACUGGUAUUAAUCUCUAGCUAUUCUGUAGGAUGAACUCUGUUCACCAGGGUCUGAGAGGGACCAAAGAAAAGAAGCAUCUCAUUUGCUCUAUCAUUAUUCUUGUAUCUCAGACAGCUGCUGCUAUUGUGCCCUCCUUCAGUGGAUGCCAAAUUCUAAAGGAUACUUGCCAAAAGCUGAUGUGGUUGUAAACACUUCAGAGUCAAACCAGAAUUGCUCAAUACCCUCCUUUAAAAUCAAAGCUGUUACAGGCCCCUUUAUCUCUUCUUCUCUUGAAGUAAACUGGCACAAUUUGAGAUGAGUUUCAAAGCGGGGGAGAAAAAAAUAACUGUUAAGGAUGACUUUAAGAAAAGGAAAUGAAACAAAUGUGUUAUGGCCUCAUGUUGAAGCUGGAGUUGAAUUCAUUGUAUAUAGCUUGACUUCAAAUGAUAGAGAAGUUAACGUAUCGUGCAUUUAUAGGCCUUCUAAUUCAUUAGUAUUCAAGCCUGUUUUCCUAUGUACAAUAAUAUACUACUAAAAUAGGCAUUUUAAUGUGACUUUGAGAUGAACUAAAUCUUUAAGGUUUUUCAUUUCACUUUUUUGAGAUUUAGUUCAAGUCUUCCUUUCCUUCCCCCCUCCUAGACCCUAAAACCUGCUUAGC